CAUAUGAAUAACUUCGACGGCUUUAAUAAAUUGAAAAGGACUAGUUGUGUCGUACAACUAUGCCCUUUGAUGAGAGAAAACACUGUAAAUGGAGCACAGCUCAUAAGAAGAUCUCUGUCGCAUGAUAUUUCUUAUCGCACUCGUCUACAGGAGUUGAUUUUCGAUCUAUACCGAGACGAGAAAACGAAUAAGAUCUUCAUACCACGAUUUUUCAAGGAAUGGAUUGAUGCCGGAAUACGAAAAGACGAUCCUCGACUUCAAGAAGUGAUCAACAAAGUUAGUAAACGGCUCAAGAGGGCAUCAUCGAUUUCAUUUUAUUUGAAUACUAUGAUCGCCAUUAUAAUCCUAUAUGUCAAGGACACAAUGUGCGUACUCCUAUCCAGAUGUGUCGGCAAUAGCAUCGGUGUGAUAGGAAAGGCGUUGAAGAAACAGCUGGUGAUUCCUGAUUGGCCCAGCUUCACCAAAGUGAUGGGCGAACUGUACGAGGAAUGCCGACGAAACGAUCGUGGCCAGCUGGCUAGAGCAGAUCCAAAUUCGUUUGCGAUCUCAGUUUGUACUGUGGAUGGACAACGAAUGAGUUGGGGAGAUGCGUUGAAACCUUUUUGUUUACAGUCAGUAUCGAAGCCGUUCACUUACGCAUUAGUUCACGAUGAACUAGGUCCAGAUGAGCUACACAGCCAUGUCGGUCAAGAACCUAGUGGUCGGCUGUUCAACGAUAUCUGUCUCGACCACAAUAAAAAGCCCCAUAAUCCAUUGAUCAACGCCGGUGCCAUUGUGGUGGCAUCGUUAAUGAAACGUCAUGCAUCGCUUUCGGAUCGUUUUGACUUCGCUAUUCAUCAAAUGAGGAGAUUCAGCGGUGCCGGCUAUGUGGGUUUCAACAACGCUGUGUUUCUCUCCGAACGUGAGACAGCGGAUCGUAAUUAUGCACUCUCCUACUACAUGAGAGAACACAAGGUGUUUCCACCGGACACUAGUAUACAGGACACACUUGAUCUUUAUUUUCAACUAUGCGCCAUCGAAACGAACUGCGAUACUCUUGCAGUGAUGGCUGCCACAUUGGCGAACGGUGGCGUGAAUCCGAUGAACAGUGAGAGAGUGAUCAAUAACAGAGCUUGUCGCGACACACUUUCUCUGAUGUAUUCAUGUGGGAUGUACGAUUGGUCAGGACAGUUUGCGUUUAGAAUUGGCCUACCGGCUAAGUCUGGUGUUUCUGGUGAUAUGAUCAUGGUGAUUCCGAAUGUAAUGGCUAUCGCAAUCUAUUCCCCUAGACUUGACAUGCUUGGCAAUACGUAUCGAGGUGUGAGGUUCGCCGAAGCGUUCAUCAACAAGUUCAAUUUCCACAACUACGACAGUCUGGUGUAUUCCGACUGCCAGAAAAUGGAUCCAAGAAAAGUGGUGCCGGAGACCGAACACGACAACACGUCCCGCUUUAUGUUUGCAACGAAGCAUGGUGAUAUUUCCACUAUAAAGAGGUAUCUUCUGUUGGGCAUUGACAUCCAUGAUCGUGACUAUGACGAUCGCACGGUUCUACAUGUAGCGGCUUCUGAAGGCGAUUCCACAUGUCUCCACUAUCUGCUCACAAAGUGGAAAGAGUCACCCGAGCCACGUGAUCGAUUCGGUCGUACACCACUCGACGACGCAAACUACUUCGGUCACAAAGAGUGCGUUACUGUUCUUCAGGAGUUCAUCGAUCGAUGGACCGAGCAAUGA